AAUAAAUAAUCCAAAAACACCGUCCUUUUAUGCAAAAACGUGCCCGGUACCUUGUCUCCCCUCUCUCCUCCGCUCUCCCCAUCCCCAGUCCGCACGACUUCACCACCAAACAAAGUACCAUUCAAACCCUAGCAUUUUUUUUCUCUCUCUCUCUCUCUCAAAGAAAUCAAAACCCUAGCCCCUUCCUUCGUUCUCUCUCUAGCUGAUGCCACGUCACCACGACCGGCGGAGAAGAUGAGGGAGAAGAAGUCGGCGAUGGACGCGGCGUCGGACGAGCUCGAGAGGCGGAGCAGGCACCUGAGCUCUCUGAUCCAGAGGACGAAGCUCAAGAGCGAAGAAGAGGAGAAGGAGAAGGGGAAGGAGGAGGAGGAGGAGGAGGAGGUUAAGGAGGAGGGAGAUCCGCAGGAGCAGCGGAACGUGAAGGUGAGGGCGGCGGACAUGUCGCUGGCGAUGCAGAGGAAGGCGUUCCGGUGCGCUCGUGAGGUGAUGAAGGAGAUGACUAAGCUUGAUAGCAAAAAGCUUGCUCUUGCUCUCAAAAAGGAAUUUGAUUCGUCAUAUGGCCCAGCAUGGCAUUGCAUUGUAGGAACAAGCUUUGGUUCGUACGUCACACAUUCCUUGGGAGGCUUCCUCUACUUCUCUAUCGACAAAGUCUACGUUCUCCUAUUUCGAACAGCGGUGGAGCCGUUACGUCACUGAUAAUUAGAGAGCUUCUCUUCAAGCAUUAUUGUUGUACGUGAAUAUAGAUGUGCUUGAAAACUAGCCAACUUAUUACAGAUAUGAGGACAACUAUAUGUAAAAAAUUGACGCACCCUCCAAUUAUGAAUCAAUUUUGUUUUUAUUAAACAACAGAGCUGGUGGCGGUUCUGUUACGCCGAACACGUGCUAGAAAUAGCUGGCUACCUGUUAUUGAAUAUUGGAUUUACGAGAAGCAGUACCUGUUCUGAUUAUAUUUUGAUUUC